AUGGACUCAAGAACCAUCAUCAUCGACCAUGGCUCUGGCUUUCUGAAGGCCGGCCUGUCCGGCUGGAACGAGCCCCAGUUGAUCGUCCCGAGCAUCGUGAACUACAUUCCGUGCAGGGAGAACCCCGGCCCCAGCUAUGCCCGGAGGCGCGUGGGCCUGGGCAUCGACUUUCGCCACCCCGACACCUUUAGCUACCCCAUACAGCGAGGCCGCAUCCUCAACUGGGAAGGCGUGGAGCACAUCUGGUCGUUUGUGAUGGAGAAGCACCGACGGGAGCAUAAGGACUGUGCCGUGAUGAUCACGGAGUCCCCCCGGAGGGAGCCAGUGGACCGGCAGAAGACACUGGAGAUCAUGUUCGAGUUGCUGGAGGUGCCCUCCAUCCUCCUGGCCGACCAGCUGGAGAUGUCCCUGUAUGCCUCCGGCCUGCUGACCGGCGUGGUGCUCGAUUCUGGCUACGGCUUGACCCGCGUGCAGCCUUUCCACCUGGGCCGCCCGCUGCCCGCCUGCGACAAGACGCUGGAGUUCGCCGGCCAGGACCUGUCCGCCUACCUCUUCAAGAGCCUCUUCAAGGAAGAUUGCAACAGGCACAACCUGUUCCAGCUGGAAACGGUCACCACGACUCAGAUGAACAAGUGCUACGUGCCACAGAAUCUGGGGGAGGCCCUGGACUUCCGUCAGAGCCUGCCGAGCGGCUCGGAUGCGAGCAAUGUCUACCUGCUCCCAGACGGCACCCCCAUGGAGCUGGCCCCCCUGGAGCGGCUGGCGCCCGAGGCCUUCUUCAGCCCUCAGGUGUUCGACCUGCCAGGGCCCAGCAUCCCGCAGGCUGUCAUAGACUCCAUCAAAUCCUGCGAGACCUCGCUGCACCCGCUGCUCUUAUCCAACCUGGUAGCCUGCGGGGGCAACACCCUCUACCCCGGCUUCACAAACCGUCUGUACCAGGAGCUGAUCGCGGAUCAUUUCUCCUCCAUCAAGGUCGCGGUUUGGGCGAGUUCCAAUAGAAACUUCAGCGUCUGGCUGGGAGCGUCCGUUUUGGCUCACCUGUCCACGUACAGGUCUGAGUGGGUGACCAGGGAGGAAUAUGAUGAGAGUUUAAGGCUGUGA